AUGUCUAUGUAUGAUGAACCCAUCACAGAAACAAGUUCAAAGCGGGCAAAAACUGGACAGUAUGUCACAAAUGGUAUCAAGAGGUCAAUGCGUACUCCGACAGAACGGGUGAUCGAGGCGCUCUUCUCAGAAUCCGUGAUGGCAAAGCUGUGGAAUGUCGCAUCCCGAGCACUCAGAAGCGUAGGUCACUCCAAAAAGGCUAUUUUUGACUGGUUUCAAAAACUUACCCAAUUUCAGAGUAAGCCACCUGUUCUCUACCCCGAGUACACCGGCGAAGAUGGCGCCACGUACGUCUACCGAUCCCUCGACUUUUGGACAUCCGGCUUUUUCCCAGGAUCUUUGUACCUUAUCCAUGAGCGUCAAAUGAAGUAUCCUCAGGCAAUAAACCACCAAAACCGUCUUCACUUCCUUCAAUUGGCGCAUCUGUGCCGGUGGUGGACAGCCAGCCUGCAUCAAAAUGCACUCCGACGUGACACCCACGACUUAGGUUUCAUGAUCGCCCCGUGGGCCAUGCAGGCCUGGAACAUCUACCGCGAUCCGGCUGCAUACAACACUCUCAUCAUGGCAGCGCACUCGCUAGCUAGUCGGUUCAACGCCAACACAAAAUGCCUUCGAAGCUGGGACGUCUGCAUCACGAGCCGAUACUCGUUCACAGAUCCAUCACAGGAUUUCCUGGUUAUCAUUGACAACAUGUUGAACCUGGACCUCCUCUUUUGGGCAGCGCACGAGACUUCAAAUAAGUCACUUUACAGAAUUGCUCUGGCACACGCACUCACGACGCAGAAAACCCAUAUCCGCCCUGAUAAUACCACAUUCCACGUGGUUAAUUUUGAUGCAGAGACUGGGAACAUCAAGGCUAAGUUCACGAAUCAGGGAUAUAAUGAUGACAGCUGCUGGGCUCGUGGGCAGGCAUGGGGGAUUCUGGGAUUCAUGCAGACCUUUGAAUGGACGGCAAACUCAUCAUUUCUCGACACGGCGAAAAAUCUGGCUGAUUUUUUUAUUUCAAAUCUUCCGGCAGAUGGUGUACCGUACUGGGAUUUUGGUGCCCCAGUUACUGCUUCCAGCCCACGGGAUACUUCGGCUGCUAUGAUCGCCGCUUGUGGCAUGCUGCGUAUUUAUAAGGCGCUCAGAAACAGCUCAGAGGCUGAUCACUAUCUGUCUGAGGCUAUUCACAUUGUUGAUUCCACUGUCACAAAGUUCUUGAACCCACCGACCUUUAGGUUCCAGUCUACUCAGCAUACCUCUCGAGUUUCAACUUUUCAAGCAGACGAUAUUGACGAUAAAUAUGGCGACGGUUUCGAUAUUCUAUCUAUUGUGGAUGUUUCUGAUUCUAAAUCCCACGACACUAUAUUGGAUGGAGCAACUAUUAACAACUAUGAGUUUGCACCAAGACGUUGGUCCAACCAUGGGCUGGUCUACGCUGACUAUUACUUCCUUCUUUUCGGCAAUAUGCUUCUUGAGUUGGAUGUGAUCGAUACACCGCAAUUUUCCACCUGUCACUGA